AAAUUAUAUGUAGAUCAAUUUGGAAUGGAGGGAGUACUAGUUUCUUGAUGAUGUGGAGUUUAUGGUAUGUCUAGUUUCUUUGGGUUGGAAAUGGCCUUAAAAACAACGUACACUCUGUAGUUGUCGAUGCAUUUGUUAGGAAUAGGCAGUGUGACCAACCACCGCACAUCGAACUUAAUGAUUAAAAUCAGCACACUAUAUAACAGACAACGAUAUGGAGGGCAGAAUAACACGCACGCUAACUAUACUAGCUUAAGCCAAUGGCCACCUCUGUGAACGUUCACGGCGAAGACAAGGUCGUCGUCGACAUGACCAAGCUUGUCCCGUCGCUGCCGCUGGAGACACGGUGCCCGCCGUUCCCACUGCGCCAGUACGGCGGCUUCUGGCUACCGGAGGGCAUCCUCCCGGCGUUGGAGGCCAUCCACACCAGGUUCGAGACGAGGCCAUCCGACGUCUUCCGUGCGAGCUUUCCCAAGUCCGGCACCACCUGGCUCAAGGCGCUUGCCUUCGCGACCAUCAACCGGGACGAGCACCCGCCGUCCGACGAGCACCACCUGCUCUGCCAUCGCGGGCCGCACGACUGCGUCAAGUUCUUCGAGCCCACCGUCGCCGCCACCGGAAGCUUGGACGACUUCGCGGCACUCCCUUCGCCGCGUCUACUGUCGACGCAUCACGUCCCCUACUCCCUCCUGCCGGAGCACAUCACGUCGGACGACUCCGGCUGCCGGAUCGUGUAUGUUUGCCGUGAUCCCAAGGACGUGCUGGUCUCCGGGUGGCUGUUCAGCCGAAAGAUCAUGGACAAUUCCGCAGCUGAAGCUAAAGGUGGAAACUUAGAUCAUCAGCCACCUUACACGAUGGAUCAGGCGCUGGAGUUGUUCUGCAAAGGCCGGUGUAUCACUGGCCCGGAUUGGCGUCAUGUCGUCGAAUACUGGGAGGAGAGUGAGAGAAGGCCAAACAACAAGGUGCUGUUUCUUCGAUACGAGGAGAUGAUCCGUGAGCCGGCACGCAACGUGAGGAAGCUGGCCGAGUUCGUGGGCCGCCCGUUCUCCAGCGAGGAGGAAACGGCCGGGGUUGUGGAUGCCAUCGUCGAGCUCUGUAGCUUUGACCAUCUCAGGAGCUUGGAGGUCAACAAGAUUGGUGUCCUGAACCUGGGUGCCACUUUUGGGAACGAUUUCUUUUUCCGAAAGGGGGUGGCUGGCGAUUGGAGGAACCACAUGUCAACCGAGAUGGCAGCGAUGCUUGACGGGGUUGUCGAGGACGAGUUGCGAGGCUCUGGGUUCACCUUUGAUGGUGUUGGUGACUCCACCCUGACGGUCAGCAAUGUGAACGCCGGCAACUGA